UCAACCCAACUUACUAUGUAAUUACAACUUAAACUGCAUCUUCCCAGACUCCCAGUAAAAAUCUAACUUCCCCAUUCAGCUCCUCCCUUUCUGCUCUAUACCGGCCAAUCAGCACUGAGCAGACCAGGGCUUGCUCCCACAUAUUAAAGGCACAGGGAAAGCAGAAACGCGGCUGUAGAGGUAAAACACAUUAUUCCAGUGUAUCCUCGGAGGGCUGCCCCAAAACCAUUGGCUGUUGCUAGGCGACAAUCCCAUCCCUAGAACUAAUGCUGUUUGCGGCUCAUAGAUUCUUAUUGCACGAGAGGAAACAGGUGGCACCCCUGCAGUUUGUGGGGUAACGGCCGCGCUGCUAGAGGAAAGGGGAGGAGCCCAAUUACUCACAUAGGGACUGAUGGGAAACAUAAUCUUUCUGCUGCAGAGACAGAAACUUCCCAUAUUGUUCUACAGAAAUGUUCCAUUUAUCUCCCACCCUAUUGCUGAUAGCCGCCCUGUCCCACACAGGUAAGUGGCACCCCUGCAGUUUGUGGGGUAACGGCCGCGCUGCUAGAGGAAAGGGGAGGAGCCCAAUUACUCACAUAGGGACUGAUGGGAAACAUAAUCUUUCUGCUGCAGAGACAGAAACUUCCCAUAUUGUUCUACAGAAAUGUUCCAUUUAUCUCCCACCCUAUUGCUGAUAGCCGCCCUGUCCCACACAGGUAAGUGGCUAUUGGCUUCUAUAGAUCUCAUGUAUUUCCAUGUCUUUCCAAACUGAAAGUGAACUGGUGCUGCAUUAGAUUGCCAGCUCUUUGGGGCAGGGGCUGUUUAUUGAUGUGCCGUUCAUCCCUAGGCUGGGGGGCUUCCAUCACCCCCACUCCCAAGCCGUCAGUCUGGAGUGUGAGCAGUAACGGUCAGGCCCAGCUUCUCUGCCUGGUACCGGGGACAGACGGACGUGGGAUAAACAUUUGGUUCUCUAAUGGCAAUGGCACCGAAUUGGGGACCUUCUAUUCCCCCGGAGUCUCUGAUCAUCCCUCAGCCACGGAGAUAAGCAAACUCCAGGAGAAUGUGCCCCCCGGUCCUGCCAGGCUGCCCAUCAGCACCCACUUUGCUUCUACUCCCCCCCACAGGAAUGGGAGCACCCACCCUCUGCCCAGUGGGAGUGAUUGGGCCACAAGCAGCUUUCUCUCCCCUCCGGCUUCUCUGUCUCUGCCGCCCAAGUAUGAAAACCUUGGUGCAUUUGCUCUGCUGUCUCUUCCCACAGAGGAGCUGAAGGCCUGGAGCUCUAUCUCCUGUCUGGUUGCACAAGGGGGCACAGGGAAUGUGUGGCACAGGAAAACCUUUAAUAUCCAAGGGGCAGCGGAAGGGAGUUCGUGCCACAGAGAGGGAAUUUCUCAGGAACUGGGGGAGAGAUACGGACGGCGCUGGGUGCUGGUACUCACCAUCCGAUUGGCUGCCUGGAAGCUUCUGACAUUUGAUUUACUCAUGACGGGGGCUGCCAUUCUGGAAACAGGGGGGCGGAGAGGUGGAAAUGACUGACAAGCUGUGGAUAUUGAGGCUCAUUUGCGCCUGGGCAUUUUUUUCCCACAAUGCAGCAUUUUUUGUCACAAUUCUGCGGUCACUGUGGUUGCAAAGGGGUGAUGCUCCUGCCUCCAUUCUGCGCCAACUGCAUUGCAUUCUGCAACGUUACUGCAUCCCCCAGUGUGUAAUACUAGUAAUAAGUGAGAGAAGCAAGGGAGAGAAAAGAGAAAAAUGAAACAAGGUGCAGGAAGUCGACCCGUGUAGCUGAACUGCAACUCACACACUUUACUGCUCAUUUUUUCCGUUAUACUCGGUAAAGUGUGUGAGUUGCAGUUCAGCUACACGGGUCGACUUCCUGCACCUUGUUUCAUUUUUCUCUUUUCUCUCCCUUGCUUCUCUCUCUCGCUUUUUACUAGUAUUUAGGGUUAUUCACAGAGUUUUGAUUUAAAGGAGAACUAAACCCUAAAAUAGAAAAUCAUUAGAAAUGCUGUAUUUUAUAUACUGAACAUAAACAUAAACAUUAUGAACUUACUGCACAA